GAAGCGGGGCAUUCGGUCAACGGGGCCCUCUUGUGAGGCGCGGCGGGCGGCUGAGGGGAAAGAAGCGGCUCUUUUUCGGCGGCGGCGGUGGACGCGGCAUAUUCGGGGCGCGAUGCCGGGCGCGGUCCUGCUGGCGGCCGCCGGGGCUGCUCUGCUCGCGGCCUUCCUGCUGCUGCUGCUGCUCUACUUAGUGUCGCCGCUCCGCCAUCCCAAGCCGCUGUCGUUGUCCGGGGCUCACGUGGUGGUAACUGGUGGUUCCAGUGGCAUUGGGAAAAGCAUUGCUAUUGAAUGCUUCAAGCAGGGUGCUUUCGUAACACUGAUUGCAAGAAACGAGAAGCGUCUUUUGGAGGCCAAGAAAGAAAUUGAGACAUUUUCAGUUAAUGAUAAGCAGGUUGUGCAUUCUAUUUCUCUUGAUGUUUCCAAAGAUUAUGCAAAUGUGGAGAAGUUGCUUAAACAAGCUCAAGAAAGAUUGGGUCCUGUUGACAUGCUUGUUAAUUGUGCUGGAACAUCAAUAACUGGAAAAUUUGAAGAAAUUGAUACCUGUAGGUUUGAGCAAUUAAUGGCUAUCAACUAUCUAGGUAGUGUUUACCCAACUCGUGCAGUCGUUGGUAAAAUGAAGGAGAGAAGAAUGGGGAGGAUUGUGUUUGUCUCAUCUCAGGCUGGACAAAUUGGUCUUUAUGGCUAUUCGGCUUAUUCUGCAACAAAAUACGCUCUUAGAGGAUUAGCUGAAUCUUUAAAUAUGGAGGUGAAGCCAUAUAAUAUAGGUUUGACCAUUGCCUAUCCUCCGGAUACAGACACCCCUGGCUAUGCAGAGGAAAGUCAGAACAAGCUGUUAGAAACCAAGCUUAUUUCAGAAGCAACCUCAAUCUGCCAACCUGACCACGUUGCCAAAAUUAUUGUUAAGGAUGCUGUUCAAGGAAAAUUUACUAGUUCCGUUGGUGCUAAUGGUCACAUGCUGACAAUAUUGACUAAUGGAAUGGCCCCAGUUUCUUCCAUUGCUGAACUCCUAGAGUCGGUGAUGUUCCUGGGUGUUUUCCGCUUGGUCAGCCUGUAUUUUACAGCAGGUUUUGACAGCAUUGUUCGCCGUUGCAUGAUAGAAAAAGAGAAAUCUGAAAAGACAGACUGAAGUAGAACCAUGCUUUGAACUGAAUCCUGAUUAGAAAGGUGGACGAUUUGUUGUUAAAUAGGACCAUAGAGAUAUAUAUUCUCAUAGAGAUAUAUAUUCUGAAGUGAUGGUAAUCCUCAGUGGUGAAAGAAGGAAACAAUGAACAAUUCCAGAAAAUGGGCUAAUGAACAAGACUGCUCCUUUUUUUUUAUUUUCUGUUAUUUGAAAUAAUAGAUCUUGCCUUGGGAAUGAAUUUAUGAAAGAGCAAAGCUUCAGAGUGCCCUUUUUACUGUUAAUUCUGCACAAAUACAUUGUUUUAGCAGUGUUGAAGUAUUUGUUCAAUGGUAAAUUUUAUCCAGAACUGGAUAAACAACUUGGCAUUUUUUCAAUUGUUAAGGAUUACAAUUCUCACAGAUGAUUGCCAUUGUCCUUGCUGUUGCCCCUCACCCUCCUUUCCUGUCCCCUCCAAGCCUUGGAGAAUGUAUGGUUGCCUGACCAAAACUAAGAUACAAUUAUCACGUUUCCGUGAUGUAGAACAGUGGUCUCCAACCUUGGCAACUUUAAGACUUGUGGAUUUCAACUCCCAGAGUUCCUCAGCCAGCUUUGCUGAGGAAAAUGGGGAUUUUCCAGGAUCUCUGGUUUUCCCACAAAUCUAGGAUCAGGCAAACCCACAUCCUUUCUUCCCCCCUUGGAUAACUAACCCAAUUUGUUAGUUUUUUGUGCGACAGGGCCAAGCAAUCGCAAAAAAAAAGCCUGGGAAAGGAUGGAGGGAUGCACGGAGGGGAGUAACCCAGUUUAACAAUGCAUCGUGGAUAUUUUGAUGCUGGCUUAACCCUUUGGAAUUAAUUUAAAGGGAAGAGGGGAGAUAGAAGAGGGUGGGGGAGGUCAAAGCUUUGCUGGCUGAGGAACUCUGGGAGUUGAAGUCCACAGGUCUUAAAGUUGCCAAGGUUGGAGACCACUGAUGUAGAACACAGAUGAACUACCUCAAAUCUAAUCCUUAUUUUGUCAUGCAGUUGGAGUUGUCCGCCCGUACUGACACUUUAAAUAAACAAAGCUAUUUUUGUACAAUUUAAAUUGUGGUUAGUUAUAUGAAGAAGACUAUAUCAAAUAGGAGAACUAACCUUUCAUAGGACAGUCCCGUUGGCUUUAAUACAUCAGUCAAGAAUUGGUAGAUUUCCUCCAAUUAGUUCUUAGGACCUGGUCUAGUAAAAUCUGGUAAUUUCUGCUCUUGAGUGCAUAGUUUUGUGAAGUAUUAUGUUCUGUUUUAUUAAGCACUAAACCUGAAUGGCAGAAUUUUAUUAAUAUGUUCCGAAGUUUCCCUGUGUGGCAGCAAUGAAGAAUAUUUUAACUGUAACAAAUCUUCGGGAAAAAUGAAGGACCCAUGACUCUCUGAGAACCUGGGAUGUCUGUGUGUAUUUUUUUUCUGUUUAUGCCUUAUGCCUUGACUAUAAAUAAAACAGAUGUAAUGUGUUGGCACAAUUAUAAA